UAUACGUAAAUAAACUCAUUGAGAAUCUUAAUAAUAACGCUUGUGGAGGUAGUUCUAAGAUAACCUAUGUGAAUGAUGCAUGAAGGAAAUAAACUAGUCAUUGUCCAACCACCGUGUUUGAUUGCUGUACUCCUCACACAAAACAUAACAUGGCGCAGUCGGUAGGAUAAAAGUUAGUAAAUCGAUUUAAAACUUUAAAGACGUCUUAAAUAAAUGACGAGUAGUAGUGACUCCGAAACAUACCAAGAAGCAGAAAUACCUAUAUUAACAAGACGAACAAUGGAGUCCAUUUUGCGACCGCCGCAACCGUUUAUUUUUGAAAACGACAUAACGAAUGUCACUUCAGGCAACCUAAGUAAAGAAUGGGAAAAAUGGAAAAAGGCGUUCAAGAUAUAUUAUGAAGCUUGUGAACUACAUAGUAAAGAGAAUAUAGUGCAAAUCAACAUUUUGUUACACAUCAUUGGAGAAAAAUGUCGCGAGGUAUAUGAACAAUUUACAGGCGAGUACAAAACUAUAGAAGACUUGCUGAAGGCUUUUGAUGCAUUUUUCUUACCGCGCAAGAACAUAACAAUAGAAAGACAUUCAUUUUUUACCCGCGACCAACGUGAUUUGGAGUCCAUAGAACAAUACGUAUUUGAAUUGAACAAGAUAGCAGCGAAGUGUGAGUUUAAAGAUUUGUGUAGUGAAUUGGUUCGUGAUAAGAUGAUAUGUGGAAUUAAAGACGGUGGACUCAGAGAAAGACUCUUAAGAGAACCGGAUUUAUCACUCUCAAAAGCUAUAGAUAUAUGUAGAUUAGCGGAAAUAUCUCGAGCCCAAGCAAAGAACAUAAAAAGUGAGAAUCAGGAACAAUCACAUAAUGUACAUACAGUGUCAAAGAAGGAGAAAGAAAAAAAAAACAUACACUAUGCAAGUUCGGCGCCGCGUUAUAACAAAAGGCGGCCGACCGGUUCCAGCGGUGGUGACGUCAGGGCCUCACGACAUUAUCAUGAACAGAGUGAGAAGCAGCGAUCGGCUGGACACGAACGCGAAUAUCAAGAAAAGGGGCGUCGACUUUUGAGACCACGAGCUGUAUGUGGAAAAUGUGGAAAAAACCACGAAAAAUAUAAAUGCCCAGCGUAUGGUCAGCGAUGCAGCGCGUGUAGGAAAAUGAAUCAUUAUUCGAGAAUGUGUCGUGUGUACGAGGUGCAGGAGGACUCUAGCGACCAGGAUAGUGAGACCACCUGAUCGCUGGGGACUAUCCGUCCUAAGCAAUCCACAAGGCGCUGAUUAAGAAAGGUGUUUGUAAGACAUCAUAAUUUAAGAUUGUAAAAUUAGUAAAAAAAAAAAAAAAAG